AUGGCAUUGUCUACUGACGCCACGCAGCUCUCUGCUCUAUUGGCGGUGCUCACUCAGCCUGACACAGAAGCUAUCCGACAGGCUGAAGUUGCAUUGAAACCGUUGCUGAAGGAUCCCAGAUGUGUUCCUGCAUUGGUGGAAAUAUUGAAGUCGAAAGAUACACAGACUCCACCAGUCCGUCACAUUGCUGGUAUCCUUUUGAGGAAACGCCUUCCAGGGCAUUAUGGCAAGUUUGACUUGCCAACAAAAACCGCAUUGAAAACAGAAAUCCUUGCUAUACUGUCAAGUGAGCCCGAGCGAACCGUGAGAAAUGGAGUUGUUGGUGUCGCCGCGUCUUUGGCAAAGCUUGAGUGCACUGCUGGAGGUACAUCGUGGCCCGAGUUGUUUCAAUUUAUUGCCGCUGCUGCCGCGGCGGAUGCCCAACAAGCCGAAGCACGCGAGCUUGCAUUUUGGUUGCUUCAGGAAAUGACAGAUACCAUUGGAAUGCAUUUGAAGGAUCAAUUUCAACCAAUCUGUGGUUUGUUUUCUAAAGCACUUGUUCCGAAUGAAGAUGCCAAAGUUCAAAAGGCAGCCACCAAAGCCUUGGGACAACUUCUUUCCUUCCUUGCAGACGAACCUGAAGUUGACGUUUUUGCUGGAUUGAUUCCCCCAAUUUUGCAAGUUGCGGCUCAGCAAAGAAGUGACGAGGAACUCUUGUCAACUGUUUUAGAUGUUCUUUAUGAUCUUGCCUAUUCACCUUCGCCUGCUGUCACACAGCACUUGAUCCCAAUGGUUCAAUUUGGGCUUGAAUGCAUCAAACUUCAAGAUUUAGAGAUGGGAGUCAGAGAUUCGGCUGCUUUGGUCAUUGCUACCCUGGCAGAAGCAAAACCAAAGACUUUUGGAAAGGAAGAAGCUUUGGUUGCACAAGUUCUGGAAGUGUUGUUUGGAUUAAUUGAAAAUUCCCCCGACUCUGCAGCCGGUGCCUUGUUUGAAUCGAAUCCUGCAUGGAGAGAAGACUUAGAGAACGACGAGGAUGGCGAUUUCGAUCCCGAUGAAUUAGAUUCUCCUACGGAGACUUCGAUGGCUCAGGGUACAUUGGAUAUGCUUGCCUGCGAACUGCCAAAGAAAUACAUUUUUUCACCGGCCGUUACGCGGUGUGUCCAGCGUUUGUCUUCUCCUCAACCGAAUCAUCGAAAGGCUGGUAUUGCUGGUCUUGGAGUUAUUGCUGAAGGUUGCUCCGAGCCUCUCAGAGAGCAUCUUGAUGAACUCAUGCCUCAUGUACUUCAAGCCUCACGCGAUGGCGACCCACAAGUUCGAGAGUGCGCUUGCUUCUGCCUUGGUCAGAUCUCAGAGCACUGCCAACCAGAAGUAUUGGCCUAUUCCGAACAAAUCCUCCCUAUCGUUUUCGGAUUGUUGGAUGAUCAAUCUGUAGCUGUCCAAGCCACGUCCUGUUAUGUGCUUGAAAUGUUCUGCGAGAGACUUGAGCCUGAUGCUGUUAGACCGCUAUUGGAUUCUUUGGUGAAGAAACUCGCGGCUAUGUUGGAGAGUACCAACAAAAGAAGUGUGCAAGAAAUGGCUGUAGCUGCCCUUGCUGCCACCGCAGUUGCCGCCGAGGAAGAAUUCACUCCCUAUGUUGGUGGCGUCGCAACUCUCAUGACAAAGUGUAUGGCAGUGACUGAAGAGCGACUCUUCUCUUUGCGCGGACGUGCUCUUGAGUGUAUGGGUCACAUGGCGAUUGCGGUUGGUCGUGAAACCUUUCGCCCAUACUUCCAAGCAACCAUGGAGUGUGCUUGUGAAGGAUUGACCCGCGACUCCACCGACUUGCAUGAGUUUGCGUAUGCUGUGUUUGCCAACUUGGCAAAGGUCAUGAAGGAAGAGUUUGCUCCUGCCUUGCCAGAAUUGGUGCCACACCUUGUACAAGUUAUUGGCACAGACGAGGGACAACUCGAACCUGCCGAAGAUGCUGAGAAGGGAGGACAAUUCAAUGCUUUUGAUGACUCUGAUGGCGAAGAUGAAGAAGGUGGAAACUAUGUCUUGCAUGUUCGCACCGCUCUCCUUGAAGUUAAGAAGGGAGCUAUUACAGCGGUUGGUGAAAUGGCAGCACAUACUGGUGGGCAAUUCUGUCCACAUUUGGAGAGCGUAAUGCAGGUGUUGCAGAAGGCUGCAACCAAUUGGCACCCGUUGAUCAAGUCAGAAGUUGCUGAUGCACUACCAAACCUGGUCGUUCCAAGUGUUGCUGCACACCACAACGGUGAAUUGCAAUGGACCAAGGGCGAUGUCUCUGGAGCUUCCCCAAUGAGCGAGCACACAAGUGCAGUUGUUGCCGCUGUUCUCUUGGAGUUGAUGGCCUUGAUGAAGGAUGACGACAAGACGACUGUAGCAAAGGCAUGCGAAGGUGUUCAGUCAGUUAUUGAGCUUUGUGGGCCACAUUCUUUUAUGCCCAUUGCCCAGCAAUGUAUGCAAAACACACACGAGUUGUUGACUAAGACAGCCCCUUGCCAAGCAGCAGAUGAGCUUUAUGGCGAGGCACCAGAAGACGAUGACGACCAUGAUAUUGUAACACAAGCUGCCUGCGAUCUCGUUGGUGGCUUUUGCAGAGUCAUGGGUGCCCAAUUCGCCCAAUAUUUGCCACAAUUCCUUCCAGCAGUCUGCGACUACGCAAAGUCAUCGCGACCGCCUCGCGAUCGAUCGAUGGCUAUCGGAUGGUUGAGUGAAGUUGCACAGGAACUUCAAGGUUCUAUUUUUGAACACUGGCAAUCGGUGUUCUUGCCUGCUGUUCUUGGUGGACUCGGUGAUCCAUCGGAAGAUGUUAAAAGAAACGCUGCAUUUUGUGCUGGAGUUUGCUGCGAGCACCUUCGCGAGCGUGUUGCAGAUUCGUACCCACAGAUUCUUCAGGCUUUGGAACAACUGUUCCAAAUUGACCCAAAUGCUACCGAGGCUGCAGCUGCAUGCGUCGACAACACCGCAGCAUGCGUAGCACGCAUGAUCAUGGCGUCCCCCACCCAUCUUCCAAUGCCCCAAGUGUUACCUGCUGUUCUGAAAUUGCUUCCCUUGAAGACUGACAUGACCGAAAACGAAACAGUUUACACUUGCCUGCUUGGUCUGCUUCAAAUGAACCAACCUGAUGCUAUCGCCCAAAAGGCCGAGUUUCGAAGAAUAUUCAGUGAAGCUACAGCUGCUGGAAGCAAGGUGGAACCAGAGAUCCAAGAAAAGCUGAAGCAUGCACUGCCAGGUCUACAAUAA